AUGGCAUCAGAGACACUCUACAAAGUGGGAGAUGGAGAGGAGACCGUGCUGAAGAAGGAAACCCUCAACGUUUUGAACACACUCAAUCAAAUGUCGAAGCCCUUUCCAAACCCCAAGUCUAUGAACAGGACCGUCACUACCAAAGGACUCCCACUUUCCUCAAGGGGCAGUUUGGUUAACUCCUUGAAGGAAGAUGCCAUCAAUCUACCGAAGCAGAUGCCAAUGGAGGAUUCUGAAUGCAGCUCCGAUGACGCCAGCAUCUCCCCCAUGUCAUCCACUUUGUUGAAUCCCAUCAAACUGGCCGUGACCCAGCCCAAUAGCAGCUUCUUUGCAGGGAUGCUGGAGGGCGAGCUGAACAAACUCAGCUUCUCCUCGAUGGGCAAGAGUACAGAAAAGGGGGACCUGGCCCUCUGCCCCCAAUCUAAGUCCCAAAUAGCCCCUGGUGGCCUGCUGGACCUUGACAACCCUGAGGUGGACACAGAUACCUCCUCAACGCCCUCAGAGUCCUCUGUGGUCCUGGAUGUGCCGGAGGCGCCCUUCAUCUGUGAACAUACGGUCAGCGAUUCCACGGCUGUGAUUUCCUGGACCUACGCCCCAGGCAAGCAGCAGGUCAGUUUCUACCAGGUCCUGUUGCAGGAGGUGGUCAGGAAAAAUGAUAGUGAGAUGCCCAAGGCAAAGAAUCGCCCAUGGAUCUUCAAUAAGAUCUUGGGCACCACCGUCAAGCUGAUGGAGCUGAAGCCUAACACGAGUUACUGCCUGACUGUCCGCGCAGCCAACGUCGCUGGGGUGGGGCAGUGGUGCAAGCCCUACAAAUUUGCAACCGUGGCUACAGACUUGAACAGCUUCCCCGAGAACAAUCCCAUCCAGAUCACCGUGCGGCGCAAGGAACCCCAGCGGAAAACCAUGUCCAUCGGGUUGGAGGACAUGCGGAGGCUAGAAGAUCUGGAAUACCUCUUUCCCUACUAA